AUGGGGGUCGUCCUCCAGUCCCUCGCUGACCGCGGGCUAUGGGGUAACUCUGGGGGUGUGUACCUGAUGAUUUUAUCCGUUUUCGUCCUGGGAUUUCUGGCAUGGCAUCAUCGCGAGGACAAGCCCUAUCCGGGCUUCCAGCUCAUCGGUAAAGAACGCGGGGAAUGGUCUUACGAGAAAGCGAGGGAGAGAUGGAACAACAACGCAUUCGAGCUUCUCCGGGACGGCUUCGAGAAGGUCCUCUCCCCCUUUGGCCCUCUCGUCAUGCUGCCGCCUAGCCUCUGCGAUGAAGUCCGCAACGACAAGCGCCUUACCUUUACCGGGUUCAUCGACAGGAACUGGCUUGAGGGCGGCUUAUGGCUGACGACUACUCGGCAGCAAUGGCUCACCCGUUACUCGGGCCUCAGCGUCCUCCAAGACGGCCUGAAAUGGGAAAUCAUCCAAGAAGCCCUACGAAAGAACCUCAACCAGGAGCUGGUGCAUUUGACGGAACGAGUUUGUAACGAAACAUCCCUGAUCCUGAGCGAGGAACUCCCGUCCAGCGCCGAAUGGCAGCAGGUUCGAUUCUUCCCCGUCGCAAACCAGCUCGCUGCGCGCCUGUCGACAAAAAUCCUCCUCGGCGACCGCCUCUGCCGGGACAAGGAGUGGAUCCAGGUCGGCAUAAGCUUCACCGGCGUUGUCCUACGCGCCGGGCGUGCGCUCCGCGCCUGGCCCGUUCUGCUCAGACCGCUCGUCCACCGCUUCGUCCCGACGAUGAACUACCUCCGGGGGCAAAUCAAACGAGCCCGUGAGAUAAUGGAGCCCGAGCUGGCGGUCCUCCGACAGGGAAGAGCCCUGGGGGAAAAGGGCGUGGAAUCCCUCUCGUGGAUCGACGACGUUCGCCGCGGGCGGGAGUUCGACAUCGUUGCCGGGCAGCUCUUCCUCACAUUUGCGGCGAUCCACACGACCUCGUCCGUGGUGACUGCUAUGCUCUACGACCUGCUGGCGUAUCCGGAGUACUUUACCCUUCUGAGGCAGGAGAUUGUGCGGGUGUUGACGGAGGACGGCGGUUGGAGCAAGAACAGCCUCUACAAGCUGAAGCUCAUGGACAGCUGCAUGAAGGAGAGCCAGAGGCUUCACAUCCUCGGACCGCGUAAUGCUCCUCCCUCUUGA